GCAACAUAUGUUCCCGACCUUGGACACAGAUACCGUUUGUCGCGUCUGGGUUUGGUCUGUGACACAAUGAAGCCCACGACAGCUGUGCCGCAAAACUGCAUAUUUGACUUCACUUCGAAAUUGCAUACGACUCAUCCAGAGCACGCUCGUCGCGACUGAAAAACACACCAUUCCAAGACUUUCCACGUGAUCUGAAUGGCUUGAUAGUCAUAUCAUGUAUCGACCGCGGAUCUCGCCUAGCACGACAUUGGUCCGAGUGCUCAUUCGCCUCUUCUCGGAUCGCAGUAAUCGCAAGGAUGGCAAUAAGACUUCGUUGUUCAAACGUGCUUUGACUGGCAAAUUCAAAAUCUCUUCCGUUAGAGAUGCUGAAGCUUUCCUAUCAACGACGCUGAAGCAGAGGGACAGCCCGAUAGUUGUUGUCGAGGAGAUACUGGCUAGUCGGAAUGGCCUCAGAUGUCUUCAUGAUGCCUUUGAUAUCGACGACUCGCCGGAGUGGUUUGACAAUGGUCUUCAGCCUGUGUUAUCGUGGCUGCAGUAUCCGGCUCUGGAGUCGGCGAGCUGUGGAUCCUAUCUACAACGCACUUUGCAAGCUAUAGUUGGGCCACCGGGAUCGACGUUCUGGAAAACAUAUCCUUCUCAUGUCAAGUAUGAGCUUGUUGGUGAGAAGUCAAGGCAAUGCUUUGCAUGGGUGUUACUGCAGUUGCUUACGAACACACGCAUCGUUCGACCUUUUGACAUGAUGAUCGCUAGAGAUCCUUUGGUACAGACUGUACUGGCAGAAUCCACAUCAAACAACACCCGGCAUCUUGGAGAACGGAUCCAAAGAGUCUGUGCCUUGCAUCAGGUAGCAAAAUCUCAGACAACCAGAGAUGGCUUUCAGCCAAGACAUGACAACGACUUUCAGAACUUCAGGGAGAUCCGCAUCUUCCCAACCACUGAGGAAGUGGCGUCUGAUUACACAUCUCGUCUUUGGCACGCAAAAGACGUGUUCGAGGAGAAAGAUGCCGCCAAAAGACUUUACAUGUACUUGCAACAUCUCUUCCGACUAUACAGACAGGACUGGCUAGAAGAGAUACGAGAACAGAUACGACUCGCGCUUGGAAAAAAGUCCGAAAGCGGUCGCUCCACAACGACUUUCCAGGUCAAGUUGACUGGAAUCUCUUGUCGGGAUACAGGAAGAAAACACGGACAACAUCCUUGGUCGCUGAAGCUUGAAUGUUCAGAACCUCUUUCUGAGCUCAGAGAUCUCGAUCCAGAGCAACGAAAGGCUUUUAUCAAACAUGACAUUGACUUCAUGCCUGACGGCGGUCUUGGAUGUGUCAUCGCGGAUGGAAAACCGGUGGCUGUUGUUAAGAUCCUCCGCGACGAGGCAUUACUUGCCAAGUCAGUCAUUUGUGUCCAGAUCCCCAAUGCUGAAUUGGUUUCGCCAAUCAUGCUAGCUUUGAUGAAUGCUUCGAAGCUUGAGCUUGCUCUGCUCAAUACAGCUGGCUAUGCUUAUGAACCGGUUCUUGGUCGACUUCAACACACCACUGAGGUACCUUUUGAGAAUGAGCUGCUCUUCUGGGACACUGACAAGAAGGUCAAGAGUUCACAGUUUCUGGGAAAUGCUGGCAUUUCGAAGAUCGUGAGGCACCUACAGGAGAAGCCGGAGGCCAAUUUGCAAGUGGUCAUGAAGAUAUUGACUCCCGUCAAACUGGACGCCUCGCAGGCGAACUCGUUACUUGCAAGUUUGAGGCAGGCAUUCAGUCUUAUACAAGGGCCCCCUGGUACUGGAAAGUCAUUUAUCGGAGCACUGGCAGCGAAGAUCUUUCACGACUAUGCAAAAGAGGACAUUCUGAUUGUUUGCCAUACCAAUCAAGCUUUGGAUCAGUUCAUCCAGGAUAUCCGGAAAGUUGGCGUUCCCGACUCUAGUAUUGUCAGGUUGGGUGGGCAAGAGAGGACAGAUCCUGUCAAUCACCCGUUACUGCUCUCCUCGCUGAGAGUCGAUAGUACCGUCCAGCGUGGACGGGACACCACGUCGUUUGUCAAAGAUAUCGAGCGCCAGGCGUUCAAUGAAGCUGAACGUCUGGACGAUCUAUAUCGCAAUCUCACAUCUCUUGACAGUCUCCGAGCAUUGCUAGAUGCUAUUGCUAUAAAACUUGACCCGAGAUGGAGUCAAGCUUUCGAGAUCAGCCUCGAGGUCGAUGGCAGCACCCGUAUUGUAGAGAGCGGUCAAAUGGUCGACAAACACUACUUACUUCGACGAUGGCUAGCCGGCGAAGAUCCUGGCGUCUUUCCCGAAAAAGCAAAGUAUGCAGAUAUAUGGAACCUCUCGCUCCAACAGAGGAAAGAGCUGUCCAGUAAGUGGUGGUCCAAAAUCAACCAGAAUGGACUCAACGCCUUUAUGGAAACAGCACAACAUCAUGACGACCUCCUCACUCAAGCUCGCAAUGCAAAUGGCCAGACGACCGAACAAAUCAUUCGUAGCAAGAGAAUCAUCGCCUGCACAACUUCUGGCGCAGCAAAAUAUCCACAGGUCCUGAAUGAAGCCCCCGGCAUUAUCAUCGUCGAGGAAGCCGGCCAGGUCCUUGAAAGCCACAUCGUCACAGCCUUGAAUCCAACAGCCAAACAACUCAUCAUGAUAGGCGACCACAAGCAACUUCGCCCUUUUGUCAACUAUAACUUGAGUGUUGAAAAGGGCGAUGGCUAUGAUCUCAACCGCUCCAUGUUCGAGCGUCUUGUGCUGAAAGGGUAUCCGCAUGAGGUUCUUGCUCAACAACAUCGUAUGAGGCCUGAAAUUUCAGAGCUGAUCAGGCAGCUUACGUAUCCUGAUCUCAUCGACGCGCCCAAGACCGCAAAUCGACCUGACGUUCGUGGCUUGAUUGGCAAUGUCAUAUUUGUCGACCAUAACGAGCCUGAAGAUGCGGUAUCCGAAGACGCAGGGACAGUCAAUUUUAAGGCAUCGAAGCGAAACACUUUCGAGGCUGAGAUGACCUUCCAGACUGUCAAGUAUCUAUUACAGCAGAACUACGAUGCUGAUAGUAUUGUUGUCUUGACACCCUACCUCGGACAACUGAAGAAGUUGCAUGAAGUGUUUGGAAAAGAGGUUGAGACCGUGUUGGGGAAUAUCGACGUUGCAAAUAUGGAAAGAAAUGGCUUGAUUGAAGAUGCUUCAGAGCUCCAGACUGGUGUUGGCAAGAGUGUAAUUGAUGGUGCAUCUGCUCAGUCAGCAUCCAGCCUCACUACAGCGAAGGUUGCUUUGGCAUCUUUGAGCAAGCUCGAUAACGACUUCACUGAUACUCCUACUACAAUCGAUGUAAGCACAGUCACGAACGAGACCUCGACUGCUACAUCCAGAUCUAUAGGAAGACCAAAGAUCAAGAUCUCCACAAUAGACAACUACCAGGGUCAAGAAAGCGAUAUAGUAGUUGCCUCUCUCACUCGUAGUAACACCUCAGGCGACAUUGGCUUCCUAUCCAGCCCUGAACGUCUCAACGUCCUCCUCUCCCGCGCAAGAAACACCCUCGUCCUCAUCGGCAGCUCUUCAACCUUCAAAGCCACUUCCUCUGCCAAGGAGACCUGGACGAAAUUCUUCACUCUACUUGAAGAAGGCGGACACUUGCACAAAGGCCUUCCUGUCCGAUGCGAGAACCACCCCAGAAAUACUGCGUUGUUGACCGCACCGGCAAAUUUCGAGGAGAAGUGUCCAAACGGUGGAUGUCGAGAACCUUGUGGUGUUGUGCUGAGGUGCGGUCAUGAGUGUCCGAGUGUUUGCCAUCAUGUUGGUGACCACUCGACGGUAAAAUGUCAUGAGAGGAUCGAGGAACUGUGUAAUAGGGGGAGGCAUGUUCAAAAAUUCCAGUGUUGUGAGAGGUUGGAGGUUAUCUCUAAGCCUUGUGACGAGUGUGUUGCCGAAGAUGAGGCAGAGGAGAAAGAGACGCAGCUGGAGGAGGGUGAGAAGGAAGGGGAGAAAGGAUCUUAGCUUCCAAGUUUUGUCAUGAGAAAACGUGUGUUGCGGACAAGACGGAAAGUCGCAGUGUUGUGCGUGUUUCCGAGGGUAGGCAAUCCCUAACACACUUUUGUGCCUUGGCUUGUCCGUUUGCUCGCACUUGUCCUGUUCGGAAAAGGUGUGGCAGGAGAUCUGCGUGAAAGGAAUGAGGUAUCCUACCACAGGCAGUGGACGGGACUUGAAGAGAAGAAUGGCAUUGUCUCGCAUCUAGCCUCUCUCGCUGAGAUAUGUCGGACCAUCGAGCCAUUGAGCCAGGUCCAUCGAUACAGGACGUGACCCCGUCUUCAUAAAGUAGAGAAAUAUCGAGCCACUGCACUUUCCGUAUGGAGUCCUGUCCUUUCCCGCUUCUGCUAGUUAAACAACAAAGUAAUCAAAUCAGCCCUCGGU